AUAUUAUUGUUUAAUAUUGCAUUUGCCGCACACACACCCUAUGGACCGCAUCAAUAUCCAAGUACUGGUCAACUGUCAUAUAAUUUUCCGUUAGUGAAAGAUUUUAGCGGAGUAUUGACGCCAAACAACAUCCUCUCUAAGGCCACAAAAUAUUGCGAUAAUGGUAUAGUAGGUCCGACCUCUUUAGCCAUUCACAAGCAGUAUAUCUAUACGGGAACAGCUGGUGGUGGUGUCUAUCGGUGCGAUAUACGAACGGGAAACACGACCCGUAUUGUCAAAGUAGCCAAUGAUUUGUGUAAAACCAAAGCUUGGGACAUAUCAUUGUGUGGACGAGCUUUGGGCUUAAGGACUGAUAAGAAGGGAACGGUAUACUUUGUUGAUGCCUACUUAGGUCUACAUGAAGUAGUCUUUUAUGGCAAUAAAGUUCAGGUCAACCGUUUGCUUACGGUUGAAGAAACAGGAGGCAAAUAUAUGGCACACUUAGCUAUAGAUGAAGGAUCGGCUACUAAUGGAGGAAAUGUUUUCUAUAUAACAAUUGCCAGUACUAAACGAGAUUUAAAUCAAUGGCCAGUUAUGAUCUUAGAGCCGGAUAGGACGGGAAUAGUUAUUAAAUACGACUCCGACACUAAAAAAGUUGAAACAUUAAUGCAAGGACUUUGGUAUCCAAAAAGUGUUGAAAUAACUGAUGAUCGCAACGCACUUCUCGUCUCUGAGUUUAACGCAAAACGUAUUGUUAAACAUUAUAUUAAAGGCAAAGAUAAGGGAAAGACUGAGACUUGGGCUGAGAAUCUUCCCGGAGAAGCCCAACAUCUGAUGAGAAGCAGUGAAAAAAAUCACGAAACUUAUUGGUUGCCAAUUGUCAACGCAAGAAAUGUCAGUAAUCCUAAUCUCAUUGAUUGGAUGAGCGACAAACCAGCGCUAAGACAAGAGUUAUUAGAUAAAUACACUCAAAUGGGAUCAAGUAUUGAGGAUUUGGGCAAAAAAGAAAAAAAUGAAAAACUAGAAAAAUUGGGAUUCACUUUGAAAACGGGAUUACAAUUUUAUAUGCAAAAUGUUGCCAACAAUUAUGGACUUAUAUUGGAAAUGGAUGCAAACGGAAAAAUUUUGGGCUCAAUUCAUUCAAUUGAUGGCUCAAAUGGUUAUAUAUCUGAAGUAGUUGAGGGUCCCAGUGAUAACCCAUAUGAAAGAGUUUUAUACAUCGGUUCAUUUGGUUAUUCAUAUAUUUUGAAACUAACAAUACCUAACUUUUCCCAAAAUGUGGCCCAAUUUGAUGAUCAAAAUUUAGAUUUUUCAUACCGACAACCGUUAUCAUCGUUUAAUGACUUAAGGAUAUUUGGCACCCGACCUUUUUCCAGACAACCCAAUUAUGAUUAUGCCAUUCCCAGUAUAUAA